UUUUGGCCUGAAAAAAAUUACAGGAUUUGGUGGAGUUAGAAUGCCAAAGAUGGGCAAGCAAAGGAAUAAACAUAAAGUACGAGAUCAGAGACGACAGAAAUGGGUUCAAAGCAGGGUCUCUCAAAGAAGGCAUGAAGCACAGUUAUGUCAAACAGUGUGACUAUGUUGCCAUCUUUGAUGCUGACUUCCAACCUGAGCCUGAUUUUCUCUACCGCACCAUUCCAUUUCUGGUCCACAACUCUGACAUUGCUCUUGUCCAAGCUCGCUGGAAAUUUGUGAAUUCAGAUGAGUGCUUGAUGACAAGAAUGCAAGAGAUGUCACUUGAUUACCAUUUCACGGUGGAGCAAGAAGUGGGGUCUGCAACUUAUGCCUUCUUUGGUUUCAAUGGCACGGCGGGUGUGUGGAGAAUUGCAGCGCUCAAUGACGCUGGAGGAUGGAAGGACUGCACAACAGUAGAGGAUAUGGAUUUAGCAGUCCGAGCUAGUCUCAAAGGCUGGAAAUUUGUGUAUCUUUCUGAACUUAAGGUGAAAAGUGAAUUGCCAAGUACGUUCAAAGCCUACCGUUAUCAGCAGCAUCGAUGGUCUUGUGGCCCUGCUAAUCUCUUUAGAAAGAUGGUAAUGGAGAUUGUGAGAAACAAGAAGGUGUCCCCAUUGAAGAAGUUUCAUGUGAUCUACAGCUUUUUCUUUGUUCGCAAAAUUGUAGCACAUAUCGUCACAUUUGUCUUCUACUGUGUCAUUUUACCAGCAACGGUUUUGGUUCCUGAAGUUCAAGUUCCCAUUUGGAGUGCUGUUUACAUUCCUUCUACCAUUACUCUCCUCAAUGCUGUUGGAACUCCUAGAUCACUCCACCUAUUGAUUUUCUGGAUCCUCUUUGAGAAUGUGAUGUCUCUGCACCGGACUAAGGCGAUAUUUAUAGGUCUUUUUGAAGCAGGGAGAGUAAAUGAAUGGGUCGUCACUGAGAAACUGGGAGAUGCUCUCAAGAAAAAAUUAGGUGCAAAAGCUCCCAAGAAACCUCGAUUAAGAAUUGGAGAAAGGGGUUGGUUAUGUUGGCACCUUUGUCCCCAACUCAUAGCCGUACACAUUGUUUCAAAAAUUCAUUCAUCAACAUCCCUUCUGUCAAGGAAAGAUGAAAUUAUUAUUUAUUUUCGUCUGGGAGUUUAGCUGUUUUAGAUUGUUUAUAGGUCAUUCUUAUCUGAUGAGCGAUGGUUCAUAUUAAGUUAUUUCUUCGUGGAUAGUCUAGGAAAAUUCAAGGAUAAGAGUGCAGCGCCGGUAAGUUAUAUAUAUACAUGGCAUAGGAACUGCCUUUGUACUGUAAAAAGAAGCACCAACAAGCAGG